AUGAUGAGCACAUCAACAUAUGGCAUUUUGCCAUCGGUCAGCUCAUUGAGUGCCUUCCCUACACCAUGCCUCCAACCGCAUAUGGAUAAUCUCUUGGACAACAAUCUUGCAGGUAAUGUCCUGUGGGAAGAAACAGAUCUCCCUGCCAUCAGCCCUUCUGUCAUGGAUCACCUGAUCCACAUAUUGAGUCUCAACAUCUCGGAUAUCGAGAAGAUUACCUACACUAGCAGAGUGUCUAUAUUCACUGGUUGCAAGUGGGAACUCGAUAAAAAUGCGAAGAAACAGACGCCAAAGCAGAAGCAGACACAAGACAAUUCUGAUCUAGAAGAGUGUGAGGAUGGUGAAGGGUCCUCUGUGUCAGUGGAACCUGACAUCAGCGACCAGACCUCAGGCUGCCUUGAAUAUAACCCCCAAAAACCAGAUGGAAAGCCAUUCCCGAAGUGGUCUGAAGAGCAAAAAUGGGCACUUCUCUUCACUACCAUCUACACAGUCAUGCGCAUGGCUUACAAGAAGGGAGCAACCACCAAAGGUUAUCUCAUGAUGCGAGUGUAUGACAAUGCCAUCAUCAUUGAUGAUGAGAGCAAGAAAAGUGGAGGCGAAGCUGGUAAUAAAGCUUCAGGUCCAGAGAGUGCCGAGGAUGAGCAAAAGAGGCUCAUGAAAGAAUGGGUAUCACCUGUUUACACAUUCUUUGGCCCAUCUCCCUGCAUCACUGAAGUUGGUGGUUGA